AUGUUGACAAGUGGCAGCAAACCACCACUUGAAGCCGAAGAUGUUCUCAAACUCUUUUCACUCUAUCUUCAAGAGUACGGAGAAUCACUACUAACGUCAUCGGACCACUUUAUGAAUGUGUGUGAAAUGGUCUAUCAACAAACCAUGACAUUAUCAUCAAAAUUACAUUCUCCAUCUUCACCGCAGCAGACUUUUGAAAAUAAUCACUUGACAUCCUCCUCUUCUCAAAAACCUCUCAAACCAUUUCAUGUUACACUCAAAAUUACUCCUGAAUUUCUUCGAGAAUGUGGCAUGGAUCCAUUUCUAUGGUUGGACUGGGAAACGAGUUAUUGCAAUAACGGAGGAAUGAUGAUCACUAAAAAAUCAGAUCCUUCGAAAAAACCUCAUGAGGGAUUGAUUGAGAGAAGUCUCAUUGAGAGAUGGUGGGAACGAAGGAGAAGGGAAUUUCGAGAGUGUACCGAACAUCAAGGAAAGAUGGCGGUGAAAUCACCGUAUGCAAUUGAUGAAAAUCCUCUUCUUACUCUCCUUAGUACGAUUCAUUUUCAUCACUUGUUAACGAAAUUGCGAUAUGAAUUCAUGUUUGGACGAAAUGUUGCAAAAACACCAAAUUCUAAAAUUUUGAAAAUUAAAUUUAAAAUUCUUCGACUGCUCAAUGCGAGAGUGAAGGAAUUUCAACGAAAGCAAAAAGAAAAGAAGGGAUUUUUCUCGUGGAUUGUGGAACAAAUUGUCGACAAUGAAUACAUAUCCGAGUUAACCAAUAACGAUUUUGAGAAAUUUAUUUAUAUAUUUAGAAAUUUAAAAGUAGUUCAAUUGGAAACGAACAAAUCGAAAAAGAAGUCAACUCAAGCAAACAACAUUGAAGAUGUUGAAGUGGAUUUAACAUUAUUUCAAAGCUUGAAACAUUUGAUCAUUCGAGCCUGCUUUACUAGACUUGUGUAUAUUAAAGGAAAAUAUUUGACCUCUCAAAACCAUGAAAAUGAUACAAUAUUCAAAACUCUGAAUGUGGAGGGAAUUACCAUUAUGGACUCUCAGUUUCUGAGAAUUGAAAAGAAUAUUUUCCACGAUUUUGCUGACACACUCCGAGUAUUGAAUCUUGUCAAUGUGGACGAGCAAUUGCUGUGUGAUAUAUUUGAUGACGACACACGAUCACUCUCCAAAUCUAACAAGGAGUUUAAUAAGGAUAUUAACUACUUUUCUGCACUGGAGGCGUUACAUAUUUCGAAUGUAUGGUUCAAGAGCGGAGAAAUACCAAAAUUUUUGGACGGCUCAUUCUUUCAUAACAUUCUUGUGAAUCACCUAAAAGUGUUCAUUAUGAAACACACCAAUCUAGAACUUUCCAUACUUGACACACUAACUCGAAGGGAAAAUAGAAACUUUGUUCUCUCACAUCUCGUCAUUCUCAAUCUCUCAAACAACAAUAUUCACACAGUUAUUGGAAGAAGAGAAGCUAAAAACGGAGAUGGUCAUAACGUGACGGUGAAUUUACCCAAUUUACUUGAAUUUAAUUUGGGAUACAAUGAACUUGAAAGCCUGGAUUCAUUGUCUGGACUAAUGACACCAAAACUUGAAAUUAUCAAUUUAGAGAACAACAAACUCUGUAACAAUAUUGCUGAAGGUUUAAAACUAUUGACAGCAAACACUCAAAAUCACUUAAAAUAUAUUAAUUUACGAAACAAUCAAAUAAGAAAUUGGAUAGAAAUCAAACAUUUGAAUUACUUUACCAAACUUUGCCAUUUAGAAGUUUUUGGAAAUGAAGAAAUUUCCACAGGAACAUACUUCAAGACAAUACUUGCAUAUUUCAGAAAGAAUAUUCCAAUGGAUACUUUAUUCAUUCUAGAUGGCGAAAGUUAUUCCAAGAAAGACAUUGAAACAGUGCUGGGAAUUUCACAAAGCUCAAGUGAUAAUAGUUCUUAUAAUGGAUUAUCAGAAUCGGAAGGAAGUGAUGCAGAUGCCGAAGAUGAUUAUAUCGAUGUCAGAAAACUUGUUAACAAAAAAGAAAGCUCAGAACAAGCCAAGAAACGAAAAAUCAAGAAGGAAAAGUCUUCUCCUGAGAAAAAGAAGUCAAAGAAAAAGAAGAAAGCUCAAAAACGAGUACUUUCAGAGUUUUCUGAAUUUAAAAAGAAUGACAUGUCUUCUGCCUUGAGUAGUGGAAGCAGUGGAAACACAAAUAGCUUGAAUAUAGUAGACUUUGGAGGAUCUUCAAGCAUUUCUCCUCAAAGCCAAUCUCUAGAUACAAGUUUGAAAAUGUUGAAAGAAGAUUUUCCUUUCCUAGAAGAGCGAUCUAACAAAGUUCUUGAACAAUUACAACAAAUUAGAAAUGAUGGAGGAUCGAAAUGGCUUACUCUUUUGAAUGAAAUGGGUUAUUUAGACGAUCAGAGUCAACAACAAUUAUUGACUCCAAAAAGAAAUUCCAACGAGUUGGCUAAAACUUCACCCUACUCGAAAGAUAAGGACGAAUUGGAGCAAUUCAUGAAUAAGCUCAAUAAGAAUUCGUCACAUUUGAAGGCAAUGGAUUCGCUGAGUAACUUUUUAUUUGGAAAAUUACGAAAACCAGGAUCAUCAGAGGAUCCACAACAACAUUCAAGUGAAGAUUCUUCACCUGCAUCCACUCCAAGAUCUGCAGGUCAACCUAAAACUGAUUUUCUUUCUUCGUUGGACAUGAAGCGAAUUUCCAGAUUGGGCAACAAGCAAAUUCCAGUGUUAGAAGUUCAUCCAAUUUAUGGAAUUGCUAAUGCUCCUAAUUUUGAAAAAUUUGGUGUUGCCAAUAUGCAAGGUCUCUCGUUUAUUAAAUCACGAGGAUCUCAGUACGGUAGCGAUGCACUAGUGUCAAAGAAUUUAAAACUAGAGCCAAGAAGUGACUUUUUAAACGUUUCACUCAUUGUGAAUCAAUCCAUAUUUGUAGCAGGAAAACAAGAACGUGACCAUACUCGAGGAAUUGCAAGUUCUGAAUCAGAUAGUAGUGAAAGAAAAGCAAGAUAUCAACGAAGAAAUCGCUACAUGAAUAUUCAACAACUCAAAGAAGAAAUACAAGAAGCAACAACCAAUUCGAAUGAUAUUGCUACUGCUGAGAAUGCAUCAUCCACAAGGGAAACCAACAUGGAAAUUACGGAUGAACAAAUUAACAAAUUUAAUUCAUCUCGAAAGAGAAAGAAGGGAGUGUUCUUAAAAGCUGAAAUUGCCGUUCCUGAAGGAUCUCAUUCACACAUGUCUUUGGAUCCCAAUCGACUUGCGAGUCUUAGCAGCGGUGGUAGUUCUGGAAAUGAUUCUUCCAUCUCUCCAUCUUCAAUCGAGAAGAAGGAUGAUGAUACUCAUGUUUCAAGUUGUACAACUCUGUCAGUAGAAAAGGAUAAUCACACAACAAGCACCAAAUCGACAAUGACAACUACUCCUUCUUCUAAUCAUCGAGCUUCUAUGAGAGACUUUAAACGAAGAAAUACCAUAAAGCAAAAUACUGAAAAGAAAGACAAGGUACACAUUCCAGUUCCAGUCUCCACCGUUGAAAAGUAUUUGAAUGACGAUGACUUGUUAGAAUCACUCCUCAAUGAAGAUGAAGAUGUUGAGACCAAGAAGAGAUCAGAAAGUAUUUUGAGAUCUCGUGGACGAACAUUUGUGAAACCCUCUACCACCACUCACUCUUCAGCAGAUGCCAACAAGAUUAGAGCAUCGACUGCGUUUGAAAAACCAAUCAUUGUUGAAAGCACACCAGUGGAUGCUAGUGCUAGUUCAUUUAACAGAAAAACACGUAUUCUAUCAACAACAACUGAAGAAGAAAAAAAGGUUUUGGAGUCUUUAAUAUCAAGUCCAGAAGAGGAUGAAGUGAUAUUACCAAUUGAAAAGAAAGAAGAGACGUUACAACAGAAGGUACAAAUUUUAGAACAUGUCAGUAACGAGUUAAUUGCACCACAAAAGAAUGUACAAGCUUCAGAUGAAGAUUUUGACAGUUUCAAUGAGGAGAUUGAAUCCAGCUUCAAAGAAAAUUCAAUUUUAAGUGCCAUGAAUACCAAUAUUGGAACACUAUCAUCAUCGAACAGCAUCACUUCAGAGAAGAGUACAUUGUCCUUUCAACAACCACCAUCUCUCCUCACAGAACCUUCUUCAGUGGACAAGAUGGGACAAAGUUCAGAUUCAGAUUUCGAUACCUUUAGUAGUGAUAGUGAUAAGGAAAAUGAUAAGAAGACUGCAUCAACAACAACAACAACAACAACACCAAACACACCAUUAUCCGUUGUUAACAAAUCACGAUCUUCUCCAAAUAGCAUUCCCUUAAUUACAUUUCCAACCUCAACUGAAAAUAGAAAAGCCAAAUCCAAAUCCAUUAUUAACAUCUUUGCAAAGAAAGACAAGGGGUAG